CAUUUCGUUAAAAUGACCUUUUCACAGUAACGUUUGAGUUAUUAGGUUACCUGGUCACUAGCCUAAUAAAUUUUGGAUUAUUAGGUUACCUGGUUUGCAGGCUGAUUUAAAGGCAUGUGACAGGAUAAAACAACUUCCUGGUGAACUGAUAUAAAAAAAUAUAUCAGGCAACGUUGUAUCAAGACAGAUAUCAAUAUCGGUGCAUAAAAUAUGGAGAUGACGCACCUAUAUUUCGAGCAUGAGUUUAUAACAGUCUAUUUGGAAAACGUGUCUCAUAAACAAACCAUGGCAGAUGAUACGAAACUAUUUCUUGCUGCCGUUUUCGGGGCCGUCUACCUCACUUCUUCGGAGCCUUAUACUUGUUACGGCGAUAUAUGCAAUGUUUCUGGCAAAUAUCAGUUCUGUGAUGUGGCGUACAAAAUAUGUCGCGAUUGUGCUGACGUCCAGGAUAACUGCUUUACAAGACUUCAAUCUUACAACUGCACCAUUUAUUGCUAUGAGCGACGUAGAAACCAAGACCUUGAAAGAUCACGUGUUUCGGAUUGUAUGGUUCCCCACGAACCAGAGAAUGGACGCUAUGAUGUCAACUCAUCCCAGGUGUCUUUUGGUUUCAAGUUAGAUGUCAUUUGUGACGAUGGCUACACAGCAAGUGUAUCUGAACCUAUGAGAUGUGGCAAUUUCUCGACGUGGUUUGGACCCAAGCCUCUCUGUCAAGGUGCGUCGCAGGAUAUGUCAACCGUUUGGAGAAGUAUGUUGAUGGCGUUUGGCUUGUUGUUAGGCGUAUCCGUGAUGUUGAACAUCAUUGUGGGAGUUUGUCGCUUUCUAAGAUGUUUUGACUCGGACCACCAUUCAACGGUAUCAGGGGACCUUUACCAGCGUGGUCUUGUUUUAAACGAUCAGGAUCGUGACCCAGAUAUAUGUAAAACUGUGCAUAUUAAUGUCAACACGUCACUGUUGUAAGAUACAAAGCAUACAAUUUCAAUAAGGCGAAUAGAAUAUGGUCGUUUUUUACCCGAUGAACCUCGUGCAAAGCAAGAGUGUUGUGAAAAAUAUACGCAUGAAUAGUGGAUAAGUAUUAACACAAAUAUUGAAAUGUCAAAUAACUCAAUUCCGUCCAUUUAUCCCGUUUUGACCAAAAGUUUCUGAACAGGCCAUGUAUAUUUCCACAUUUUACUUUUCAAAACAACACUUUUUCACCGCAUAUAUACAUUACACUCUUUCACCGCAUAUAUACAUAGGAUAUUGUGUACUUUAAGUUUGGGACGAUUGUACUUACGUAAAAAGAUAAAAACGCGUAUAAUUUUCGAAUUGCUAAGCGCCUCGAUCGAUUUAGGCGCGUUCGGCGCCUGAUAUUCAGAGACAAAAAUGAUUAAAAAGGCAAUGCAACGCAAAAACAACCACAUUUUUGAAAUCCCAGUAAACAAGGAGGCUUUUAUAACAAAGUUAUUAACUCAAAACGAUAUCAAAAUCAACCUGCUUGCUAUCGCAUCCGUCUAAUUCAUAAAAUUCCAUUCUGUCGCUAUACCAUGUGACCAAGCACGUGAUCUCAUGGGGCUAAAGAGACGUAUUUGAUUGGUUAACGUUAAAUGAUAUACAUAACGACACUACAAACGUAAACACAGUAGCAUUUUUGGUAGUAAUGUCUUUCGUCUACGCAUAUGCAGGCAUUCAGACUGUUUAAUUUUUUUGUCAAAACAUUUUAAUUUAUUGGGCGAUGGGGAGGGGACUUUGUUAUAAGUGUAUAUCUGGAAAGGUUAGUCUUGUUCAAGACAAAAGCUACAGUAAAGACCAGUGGGUUUGGCGAUGUUCCAACAGGGCCUUCAAUAAAAAAGUCUUUCAUCAGAGACGGUAGUUGGUUUAGCGGAACUCACAUAAACUUAGCUUAGGCCAUAAAGCUGACGUAUUACUGGGUUUACCAGACACCAAGUGAUUUUAUAGCCCUCGAGCUGGCUAUAUCCGAGCAAAGCCUCGUUGGUGAGAAUAGACCGACUACAUUUGAAAUGAUCUUUAUAUCACAUAUAUUUGCCAGACAGGUUUCUACAAGAUCAGAAGAUUUAAAUAUCCCAGAUUUGGAUGUUGAAUGCUGUGGAUAAAACGUAGAACAAAUAAAUACGACAUUUACAUUUUUAAGUAAAAUCAAGAUAUAUCAUGUUUAUCGAAAUUGUGUUUACUAGGAAAAAAAACAUACGGGCGAAUACAUUACGAACAACGUAUCUAUACUUAAAAUUCACAUUGUCGUACAAAAGUACACUAUUUAAUGUUGUGUAAUCUUAAUGCGUAAAAUUAUCUCAACCUUGACGAUAACACUGCAUACUUUAAUGUCUAAUAAGUGCCUAUAUUCACCAACCAAUUAUAAGACUUAAUAUUGAAUAAUAGUCUUAGAGUAAAUUAAAAUAACUCUUAGUCUGUAUAUAUACAGACUCAAAAAUGGUGCUUUUAUCAUUAAAAUAUUGUUCUAAACGAGUACUUAUAUAAUUAUACGUGUUAACUGCCUUGCUUGACUGAACUUAUACGUAUUUUGAGUACACGACAGUAAUACGAAUAUAAUUUAUUUCUUAAGUCUAAGAAUCGUUUGGUGAAUACGGGCCAAUCAAAGCCGACUACCAAAUAUUUCAUCAGUUUUCAACUAUUAGGCAAUAGUGGACACACUGUUAGGCUGUUAAGAUUAACACUCAUUUUAUGAAGUCAAUCAAAUAAAGAUAGUUAUGCAUGUUUAUUUAAUCAUGAUAAAUUUUUGCAGUUCACCACUGUUUAACGUGGAUGUAUCAUUAUUGAAACGACACGCCCAGUACCGCGAUCGUUCCGAUCAAAAGUGUCCUCUGUGUUAGAAUUUACUAAAUACUGUUUAUGUAUCCUGUAUUUAUACAACUGUUCUAUUUUUGUUAUGGUAACAUCUGUCUUUAUGUUGCAUAAUUGUUGUCAUAUCACUAAUUAAUAAUGAAUAUAAUUAAAUUUAACAUGAAUAUUGUCCGUUGCAUUUGUGCUGAAGUGCUGUAGAAAUAUAACAUUUAAGAAUAUAUCGUUGACGUAAAUUGAUUUGUUUUCAUAUUGAUAAUGGGUAUUGGACAAUAUAAAUGUUUCAAAUACUCUUAUUAACAUUAUAUGCCUUUUACAUGUAUUGGAGUUUGCAUUGUUCAGACUAUGUUAUCUUAUUACUUUACUAGCAAUUCGGAGAAAUAUAUAUGAUUAGCUGGGAUAAUUGUGUGUGUUUCUUUUUUUAGAAACAUCGUUUCAACGCGACGUGCAUAAUACCGUGGUAGCGUAUUUGCACACACGUAAAUAUUCAAAGCAUUUUUAGGGUAAAUAAGCGCAAGUAGUAAAAUUAAAUAAACCAUUCUCUUAUUGUUGGUGUCAAAACUUAGUUUCAUAUAAAAUUAACGUGAGUUUGCAUGCAUUUAAAAUGGAAUAAUUUCCAGACAGGGUAUGCGUGCAUUCAAAAUGUAUUAAUAAACAAACAAACAAAUGUUUUACUAUGGUGCUUUCAUGAAUCCUUAUUAUGGAAAAAAUCUCUUUGAAUUGUAUAUUAAGUCGCAGAGUGUACGUUGCCGUCACAACCAAGAAAUAGACGUUUUAACGUUAAUUAUACGUACGUUCCCAGAGUGAUUACAUUGGUGCAAGACGACCCCAUGCACUUCGACAAUUGUUCUGUAAUAUUAAUUUAUCUGUUUUUCUUUUAGGACAAUGAGCUUUUAAUCAGCAUCUGAAUCUGCUUAUUUUGACUGCUAUGCAAACCAUUUAAAAUGAAACAAAGAACGUUUAUUGAACUUUGUGUUCGCACUACUAAUUCGGUCUUUAAACGUCCUCUUUCUUCAAGUGUUAUGUGUGUUUCUAUUUUAUUAUAUGAAAUACAUUUUAAUUAAUAUUUAUCUAUGUGUACACCCUGGGCUUUGUUGUAGCACCACUGCAACCAAGUUAAGAUAGUACUAUUUUCUUAGCAGUUUUGCUUUUGGCUUCUGUUGUUAUAAACGUAGUUCUCGCUGUCAGAACUCACUACAGGAAAAUAACUAAAAUGAAGAACGUUUCAGGUACAUGUGCUUCACUAUUUGUAUUUCCUUUAAGCUUUCCUUGACUUAAAACAUAUCCAAAUUGAAACUUCGUUAACUAUGAUAUUUGGCAUCCUGAGCAUGAUAAAAGCAUGAAAAGCAUAAAGCAAUAUUCAUGGCAUUUUCCAUAUAUAAGAACUAUGUAAUUAUCUGUGUGUGAAAUGUUGAUAAAUAUUUAAUAAUUAUACACAAGUACAGGUCAAGUAACAAAACCAAGAAAUAAUAAUAAUAAAGUAUUCUUAUAUUUGUAUCGAAACCUUGUCGAUGGCGUGAACUGAUAGUUGUAGCAAUUGUUUUACGUAAAAAGCAAAUUAUUCCUCACGUCUACGUUCACGUUAUAUAUGACACACUUCAAUCAGUA